AUGACCAAGAAGGUGACUCAAUUCGAACCACAACUUGCCAUGGAACUCGACCUCGACUCCUUCCUCAACUCACACCUUUCCCUCUCCGAUGAAGACGACGACGACAACCUUAAUUCCGUCCCUCACUGUACGAUCGACGAAAUCCUCAACGACUCUGAUUCGUCCGCGUCAUCGUCCCCGCCCUCCACUAUCCACCGCCUCGCAUCUGAUCCCAAACCACUACAUCCGCCCACCGACGCCGUAUCAGUCUCCAGCGCUAAAUCCAACGAGUCCAGUCAAGUCCAGCCGAGGCCCAAUUUGUACACUCGGGUCAAGUCCGGCGAGUUAUCGGAUGAUCCGGUCGGAAAGGUUUCGAAGCCGUCGCCAUGGUUGCUUGGAGGCAUAAGAACAAAUGCGAAGCCAGGGGCGGCGCUCGCGGCUGCUGCGGCGGCCUCGAGGUCGAUGCCUACGCCGCACGCGGCCGCGAUCAAAUCGAAGAGGAGUGCCGGGAGUGGAAUUUUCCAGAAGGUUCUGGAGAGUACGGAAUUGGAUGAUAAAUCCGAGGUAGGGUCCAAUUCUAAUAAUGAUACGAAUGUAGGAAGUUCUGAAGUGACUGAGUCAAAUUCGAAUGAAGGAGAAGUGGACUUUGGUGAUGAAUUGUUGAGAAAAGGUAGGGUUUGGGAGAGGGAGAGGGAGUUAGAGGAAAUGUCUCAAGGUAUUGAAGUAAGUUCUAGGAAUGCUCCGGAAGAAGUGAAAAAUGUUAGUUUUGAUGAGAAUUUGACAAAUUUAGAUGCAAAUGAUGUUAAAGAUACUGAAUUUAACAAUAAUGUUGAGGUUGUAGAGGAAUGUCAACCAGAAAUACAAGAUAUAGAUGAAAACAGUCCUGGUUCCAAACAUAGCGAUAGUGAGGAGGAGCGUCUUGGUGAUGGUGGUGGUGGCGGUAAUGAUAAUGACGGUGAGGGUGGUGGUGGUGGUGAUGAUGAUGACAAUAAUAAUGAUCGUGAUAGUGAUGAUGAUGGUGAAUUGGGAAGUUCAAUCACUCAACUUGUGGAGGAGAGAAUUGGGCAGUUGGAGAGCAGGAGGAUCAGUAAAAAAACUGAAAAGAAAUUGCAGAAGCCUCUCGAAAUUGCUGAAGAGCUAGAGAAGAAGCAAGCUUCUACUGCUUUGCAUUGGGAAGAAGGUGCUGCUGCUCAACCCAUGAGGCUUGAGGGUGUUCGGAGAGGCUCCACCACAUUGGGAUACUUCAAUGUCGAUGCUAACAAUCCCAUUACCAGGACCCUUUCAGCUCCAGCAUUACGGCGUGAUCAUGGUUCACCGCAAGUCUUGGCGGUUCAUAGUAAUUACAUUGCAAUAGGAAUGGCAAGAGGUGCUAUUCUUGUUAUCCCUAGCAAAUACUCUGCUCAUAAUGCUGAUAUCAUGGAUGCAAAGAUGCUAAUUCUUGGAUUGCAAGGAGAACGAUCUUAUGCUGCAGUGACUUCUAUAUGCUUCAAUCAGCAAGGGGACCUGCUCUUAGCGGGUUAUGCUGAUGGUCACAUUACAGUUUGGGAUGUACAGAGGUCAUCCGUUGCUAAAGUAAUUACUGGAGAACAUACAGCUCCAGUUGUACAUACAUUGUUUUUGGGGCAGGAUUCUCAAGUUACACGUCAAUUUAAGGCAGUUACCGGUGAUAGUAAGGGUCUGGUACUGUUACAUUCUUUCUCUGUGGUUCCCCUGCUUAAUAGGUUCUCCAUUAAAACACAGGUAAGACUAACUCCCAAUUUGGAAGUCUAUGCACAACUUAAAAAACCAGAGGGGGUUCGGGAGGGUGCCAUGCAUUGUACUGCUUGGAAAUGUACAACGCAAUCACGCCGUUUACCUGCUAAUACUGAAAAUAUGCCCGCUGAAGUAGUUGAAAGAGUUUCGCUACUUGCAAUUGCUUGGGAUCGAAAAGUUCAGGUGGCAAAGUUGGUCAAAUCAGAGCUGAAAGUAUAUGGUAAAUGGUCUCUUGAAAGUGCAGCCAUAGGUGUGGCUUGGCUGGAUGAUCAGAUGCUGGUGGUUCUUACGAUGACUGGACAACUUUGUUUGUUUGCGAAGGAUGGAACUGUAAUUCACCAAACAACUCUAAGAGGAGCUUCUGUAUAUGUACUUGGACCUAUGCAUCUUAUUGUUUCCCGGCUUCUCCCAUGGAAGGAACGAAUUCAGGUUUUAAGGAGUGCAGGUGAUUGGAUGGGUGCCUUGAACAUGGCAAUGACAAUUUAUGAUGGCCAAGCUCAUGGUGUUGUUGACCUUCCUAGAACCCUGGUUGCUGUACAGGAGGCCAUAAUGUCCUACCUGGUUGAGUUACUUUUGUCAUAUGUAGAGGAAGUAUUUUCAUAUAUAUCAGUAGCAUUAGGCAACCAAAUUGGAAUUAUGGAUCAAGUUGACGACUUAAACAGCAAAAGCAGUUCUGUGCAUUCUGAAAUAAAAGAGCAAUACACCCGUGUCGGUGGAGUUGCAGUUGAAUUCUGUGUCCAUAUCAAGAGGACUGACAUACUUUUUGAUGAAAUCUUUUCCAAGUUUGUAGCUGUUCAACAGAGAGACACAUUUUUGGAGCUGUUGGAGCCAUAUAUAUUGAAGGACAUGCUUGGUUCUCUUCCACCUGAGAUUAUGCAAGCACUGGUAGAGCAUUAUAGCCGGAAAGGAUGGUUACAGCGUGUUGAACAAUGUGUUCUCCACAUGGAUAUUUCAUCCUUGGAUUUCAAUCAGGUUGUUAGGUUAUGCCGGGAGCAUGGAUUGUACAGUGCUCUGGUGUAUCUCUUCAAUAAAGGUUUGGAUGAUUUCAGGUCACCUUUAGAGGAACUGUUGGUGGUCUUGCAAAAUAGUAAAAAAGAAGGUGCUACUGCCCUUGGUUACCGGAUGCUAGUUUAUUUGAAGUACUGUUUUUCAGGCCUUGGUUUUCCACCAGGACAGGGGACAAUUCCUCCUCCACGCUUGCCAUCUCUCAGAACAGAACUUCUGCAAUUUUUGUUAGAGGGUUCUGAUGCUCCUAAUUCAAGAGCAGGAGGAGGAGAAUAUCUUAACCUGUAUUUUCUCUUGGAGCUAGAUACUGAAGCUACUUUAGAUGUUCUGAGAUGUGCGUUCAUUGAAGAUGAAAUCUCAAAACCCGACGUUUCUUCUCAUGAUUCAGCUGAUGCAAAUAUGGAGCUGCCAGAUGGGAAUAAUUCGAUGGCUCAAAGUCAGAAUUCAAUGGUUCAAAAUACAGUAGAUACUCUCAUUCAUAUUGUUAGUAAGGGCAUCUCCCAAACAGAUGGAUCUCUUAGCAAUGAUGAGACUGCAUCAACAGUAGAGUGGCCUUCAAAGAAAGACAUUGGUCAUCUGUUUGAGUUUAUUGCGUACUAUGUUGCAUGUGGAAGAGCUAAUGUCUCGAGACAUGUACUGUCUCAAAUUUUGGAGUACUUGACGUCAGAGAAUAACUUUCCAUCAUGGGUUUCUGGAGAUACCAUAACUUCAAAAAAAAGAGAGAAGCAGGUUCUUGGUCUUCUUGAGGUAGUGCCUGAGACUGAUUGGGAUUCAUCUUAUGUGUUACAGCUAUGUGAGAAAGCACGAUUUUACCAGGUUUGUGACCUAAUUCAUAACAGCAGGCAUCAGUAUCUUGCUGCUCUGGAUUGCUACAUGAAAGAUGUAGAUGAACCCAUUCAUGCCUUCUCCUUUAUCAACAAAACAUUAUUACAGUUGACUGACAAUGAAUCCGCCACUUUUCGAUCAGAAGUAAUUUCUCGAAUUCCAGAGCUUUUUGACUUAAACAGUCCUGUUAAUGUGACUGAUGAUAUGAUUGAACUUUAUCUGGAGCUGUUAUGUCAGUAUGAGCGCAAUUCAGUUCUCAAAUUCCUAGAGACUUUUGAUAGCUAUCGCGUGGAACACUGUUUACGUCUGUGCCAGAAAUAUGGGAUAACAGAUGCUGCGUCAUUCUUGUUGGAAAGGGUUGGUGAUGUUGGCAGUGCUCUUUUACUUACACUUUCCACCCUCAAUGAAAAAUUUAUCAAGCUUGAUACUGCUGUGGGAAGUCUGGUAUCAAGUGGUUCUGCACGUACUGAGCAUUUCAGCAAUGCUUUAAAAUUGGAGGAGGUGAGCGACAUUAACAGUAUAUUGCAUGCCUGUAUUGGAUUGUGCCAACGGAACACCCAUUGUUUAAAUCCUGAUGAAUCAGAGGCACUCUGGUUUAGAUUACUGGACUCGUUUUGUGAGCCUUUAACGGAUUCCCUUAAUGCUGGAAGAGUAUCUAAAGGAGACGAUCUUAAAACAGUGGUAGCUGAGUCAUUGGAAUCAGAAGAGGAUGGGGUGGCUUUUAUUAUAGAGUGGAGAAUCUCAAAGCUCCAUAAAGGAGCUCAUAUCUUAAGAAAAGUGUUCUCUCGGUUCAUCAAGGAGAUUGUUGAGGGCAUGAUAGGUUAUGUUCGCCUUCCAACCAUCAUGUCCAAACUCCUUUCUGAUAAUGGUAGACAGGAAUUUGGUGAUUUUAAAUUCACAAUAUUGGGGAUGCUUAGCACAUAUGGCUUCGAAAGACGAAUUCGGGAUACUGCCAAGUCCCUGAUAGAAGAUGAUACAUUCUACACUAUGAGCAUACUCAAGAAAGGGGCCUCUCAUGGGUAUGCCCCUCGGAGUCAAAUAUGUUGUAUAUGUGAUUGUCUUCUUGACAAGAACUCUUCUAGCUACAUUCGCAUUUUCAAUUGCGGUCAUGCAACACAUCUUCAAUGCGAAGUUUUGGAGAAUGCCACAUCAAGUAGUAGCUCAUCCUCCGGAUGCCCAGUUUGUAUGCCUAAGAAGAAAUCUCAGAGGUCCAGAAACAAAUCGGUCCUUCCAGAGGAGAGUUUAGUGAAGGGGUUUUCUUCAAGAACCCAACAAAUACACGGAACAACUGUCCACCCAUAUGAAAGCAAUGCAUCAGAGAAUACCUAUGGGCUUCACCAAAUAACACGAUUUGAGAUGUUGACCAAUUUGCACAGAAACCGAGGAUUGGUCGAGAUUGAAAACAUGCCUCAACUGAGGCUUGCACCUCCAGCUGUGUAUCAUGAAAAGGUUCAGAAAGGAACUGGAGCUAAAAGUAAAGGGGUCAUCUCUUCGGUUUCCCUUAAAGUCAAACAUAUUCGGUGUCCAGUUUUAACGCGUGGAUUCAUUUUCCAGGCAAGGAGAAAACCAGCAAGCGGUGACAUUAUCAUCAUGUACACAACUAACAAAAACACUAGAGUUGGAAUUCUGCAAAGGCUAUACAAUAACUGA